AUGAUUACUUCACGUUUACUGUUGAGAGAAAUAUCUCGAUCGAAAUCUACUCGUUUUCUAUCAUCGCUAACCUCAUUUGAACCUAAGCCAGAGCAAAGAACUCGAGAACUCAUUGAUAAAAUCAUACGUGUUGAUCAAGCUGGAGAAUUAGCUGCGGAUCGAAUUUAUGCUGGUCAGAUGGCAGUUUUGGGCCGUACAGAUGUUGGACCAACCAUUCAACACAUGUGGGAUGAAGAAAAAGCACAUCUAGCGAAAUUUAAUGAAUUGAUACCAAAGUACAAAGCUCGACCAUCAAUAUUAUUACCAUUAUGGAAUGUCGCUGGUUUUGCACUAGGUGCUGGAACAGCUUUACUAGGAAAAGAAGCAGCUAUGGCAUGUACUGUUGCUGUUGAAGCCGUGAUUGGAGAACAUUAUAAUAAUCAAUUACGUGAUUUGAUGGAACAUGCGGAUCAAACUAAAGAUAAAGAUUUGAUAGAAACAAUAAAAAAAUUUCGUGAUGAUGAAAAUCAACAUCAUGAUACUGGUUUAGCUAAUAAUGCUGAACAAGCUCCUUUCUAUCAAGGCUUAACCAGUGCGAUCAAAAUGGGAUGUCGGUUGGGUAUCUAUGUAGCUGAGCGUAUUUAA